UAUAAAAAUAUGACUAUGCGUAAACAUUGGACGGUCUAAUUAUAAGUUGUAUUUAAAAAAAAAUAUAAGUACCGUACACCCACACGAUUUAAUUUACGAUUUACGUGGCAUACCGCAGUGUCGCAUUGAGUAUAGUGUUAUCAUGAUAAAAGUAGCCAUGUUCUGCCUUGUGUGUUCAACAUCCAACAUGGGCGUUCCUUUCGUCGUCUGCAAAGUGUCAAAUACUUUGCGUGCAAUAAAAAUGUUGAAAGACAGUAACAGAUUCUAGCUGUUCGAAAACAUCGAAGGAUCGUUCAUGUUAUUCGCAUUAGUUAAAUGCCUCCGAGUGAACAAACAACACAUAUCCAAUUGGGGAAAUUACAAUUUCAUUCACCGAUGGUUGUGACUCAAUACCAAAAGGCAUCAUCGUCAGUGUCGUUAAUAAAAAUCAAUUAAACAUUAUUUUCAAGCGACCAUUCAAAGUUUAAUAUGAAAUGAGAAGGUUAUGCUUUGCCGUGGAAUAAUGAUCACGGUAUUAAAAUACUUUGAACGGUGUAAUUAUUGAUAAUGUACCAAAAACGCAAUGCUCACGAGCUAUCGGCGGUAAACUGUGGUCGAAAAAUGAGAGUGGUGUAAAGUAAAAGUGAAUUGACUUAUUUAGUAUCCGAAUCAGCUGAUUCCUACAUUGACAGGAAAUUAUCGAAUGCGAUCGGCAAACAAAGAAUUUGAUUACUUGAUAUCAAGAAUAUUGAUAUGAGAGAGAUAUAAAUAUAUAUACACACACAUACACACAUAUAUAUAUACAUAUAUAUAUUGUACUUUUUGAGUGUAUAGUUUAGUAAAAAAACAACUAAUUAAAAAUGUCAGCAAACAGUUCUACCACAACAAGUACACCAAGAGGUGGAAAUCUACAAAACCGUAAUUCUCAGAGAUCAACACUAUUGAAAGUAGUGAUUUUGGGCGAUGGUGGUGUAGGAAAGUCAUGUCUUAUGAACAGAUUUGUGUCAAAUCAUUUCGAUGAGCAUAGUUUUCAUACUAUUGGCGUGGAGUUUUUAAACAAAGACAUUGAGAUUAAUGGAGAAGCAUAUACGCUUCAAAUAUGGGAUACAGCAGGUCAAGAGAGAUUUAAGACUCUUAGAACUCCCUUUUAUAGAGGCUCUGACAUUUGUCUGUUGACCUAUGCAGUUGACGACAGGACAAGCUUUAAAAAUUUAGCACUUUGGAGAUCUGAAUUUCUUUAUUAUGCAGACGUACAAGAAGGAUCAACAUUUCCAUUUAUAGUUGUUGGCAAUAAAGUGGAUGUUCCAGAUUCUGAGAAACAAGUUUCCACAGAAGAAGCUCAAGCUUGGUGUGCACAGAAUGGAGAUCCUCCAUUAGUAGAAACAUCUGCAAAAGAUGCAACCAAUGUUGAAGCAGCAUUUGGUGCAGCUGUCGCUGCUUGGGCACAAUUAGAAGCUAGAUUAGAGCGUCCAUUAGUAGAAGAUACGGUUGAUCUUUCGAAACAACAAUCUCCUCAUCGUUCGAGUUGUUGUAUGCCAGUGUCUGGUGCUGAGUAGGUUACAGAUAAAAAAUUUUAACUACUUUUUAUGUUUUCGUAACUUAUUGCAUGAAAUUUCAUUCUAAACAUUGCAAUUCUGAUCAGAUAAUUGAAAUCGGUGGUAAGACAGUAAACUCUACAGAAAAUUCUUCCAAUGCAAACCUGGCAUUCUUGGAAUGGACACAUAAAAUUUGUUUGCACUUGUAAAGAGCACACUAUAUUACAAAUUCAAUCAGCUCUUGCAAGCGAUUACUGUAUUUAGGACAUAUAAGGAUAUUAUAUUGCAUAAGUAUAAGAAUUUUAUUCUCUUUUCUUCGACCUACACGAAAUUUGCUUCUGUUCUAAUAAUGAAACCAUUUUUUAAAAAUUAACAAAAACCAUUGGCAACAUUAUUAGACAAGUCUGAAUUUUUGUAUCUAUGGCUAUCCAUCUGUUUUAUUAAAGGUAAUGUUUAGUAUUAUCAUUGCAGUGACAUUUUUGCACGUAACAUGCUUCUUCUUCUAGGUCUAACAAAAUAAUUUGAAGAGAUAUCUUGCCUGUCCGCAAUACUUUCUUCACAAUAAGGUGAAUUUUCAUUCUAUAAACAGUUACCUGUCGAUAUGCAUUCAUAUAUGUUUCGUUGUUAUGUUUAAUUAUUAAUAAUGAUGUGUACAUUUUUUUAUGUUGCCAAUGAACACAUGUUCAUGUAAUAUUGUUAUGAAUUGGACUCAUCUACUUCACUCGAGUUGAAUAUUUUUCAGUUCUUUCAAAAUACUUGCAUAAAAAUUACAAAAUUGUACGGGAAAGGUAAUAUUUUAUGAUUAAUCUUUCCAGAAUACAACUUUAAAGUGUAAGGUCACAUUGAACGUCCUACUCGUAUCACGCUUUGUGCAGCUCGCGAGCUACAGACAGUAUUUUAAGUGUUUCGUACACCAUUGGCUUGUGAUAAAUUAAUAAUAGUAAUAAUAAUCAUUAUCAUCAAUUGCUUUAUAAAUAAGGGAUAGAUAUAACUUGUAAUUUAGCUUUAUAAUCUAAAUUUGCCUUAUACUCGCAGUACAAACUAAGGGCAGUGGUGUGACAUAUAUUUAUCAGAAAAUUCUUUAAAUCAUCGUAUUCAUAUAUACAUAUAUAUGUAUGAUUUUAAGUGUGUAUAUAUAUAUGUAUAUAUGUAUGUAUGUAUAUAGAAUAAAACAUAUUCUGCUGCUCUUGGAAUGCCCUGCAGUUGGUGUUUAAAGAUUUUCCUACGAAAUUAAUAAUGUUAUAAAAUGGACAAAGCUUUUUGUACAAUUCUGUAUGUAUGAAACGCAUUUCUAAAGUACUGUAACUUAUUUGAAAGGUACUUAAAGCUUUAGUAAUGCUUUACAUACUGAGAAUAAAGAGUAUGUAACGUCAUUGUAAUUUAUAAAUUGUUUCCAGUGACAAAGCUCGCAUUAAUUCUAUAUGUGACGUGCAUGCUGGUGCUUUUUGUAUAGCUACAUGUGGGAUAUAUAAAUUUCUAGCAUCGUACUGAAAAUGUGUUGGUUCAAAUGCGAACUGCGUAUAAAGUUUAAUCAUAUCAAGGUGAAAGUGUCUCGCCGAUGCUAUAACAUAUGGUAUCAGUUCUGUAUUAACUAAAUACGUUUUAUACUAGCAACUAUGAGUUUCAUUACAACAAUUUUACAAAAAUCAUUUCUGUACAGUAUAUGUUGCAUUUAUUAUAGUACACUUUAUUUAUUCCAAGAAUUUAAUAAUACGAUUUAAUGUGUGUUUUCACUUUAUAAAUUUUAUAAUCCUGAAAAAUUCAUUUUGCAAGGAAAAAAUAAAGAUAUUCUGUGCUUGUUUAAAAUUGAUAAAAUAUAUUAGUAAAAGUGUCUUUGAUACCUCACUUAAAUUUCUAAUUACACAAAUGAAUAUGUAUUUAUAUUAUAUUUUACAAAUAACAAUACUUUCUAAAUCAAUUUUUAACAAUACAAUCGUUUUAUUGUAAUAAUACACCACGAUGUAUGCAAUAUUCAAGUCACCACUGCACACUUUUUUUCAAACAUUAUAAUCGAACGAUAAACAUGUAUAAAAUAUGUUACAAUAAAAAAUUAGGAUUAAGAGUAUAAAAGUUUGGAUAAAAGU